CUUACCUCCAUCUAGUCUGCAUUUGACAUUUCCCCAGAAUUAAUUAGCAUCUCAUUCGUAUUUUUUUCCCCUCAAUAGGUAGAAUGUAAGAAAGCGCAGCCCAAGGAAGUGAUGUUCCCACCCGGGACAAGAGGACGGGCCAGGGGCCUCCCUUACACAAUGGAUGCUUUCAUGCUAGGCAUGGGAAUGCUAGGCUACCCAAACUUUGUGGCGACAUAUGGCCGAGGCUAUCCCGGAUUUGCUCCAAGCUACAGCUAUCAGUUUCCAGGUUUUCCGGCAGCAGCAUACGGACCAGUGGCGGCAGCAGCGGUGGCAGCGGCAAGAGGAUCAGGUAGGGAGGUGUAUGGAAGAGGCGGCUACACGGCAUACCCCCAGUGUGCAGGGGAAGUCCUGAAUAGCUACAGUGCUCAACCGAAUUUUGGCGCGCCCGCUUCCCCGGCAGGCUCCAACCCAGCGCGGCCAGGAGGCUUCCCUGGGGCCAACAGCCCAGGACCCGUCGCUGACCUCUACGGCCCAGCAAGCCAGGACUCCGGAGUGGGGAAUUAUAUAGGUGCAGCCAGCCCACAGCCGGGCUCGGGCUUCGGCCAUGGAAUAGCUGGACCUUUGAUUGCAACGGCCUUUACAAAUGGAUACCAUUGAGCAGGUGCUCUUGUUGCCAUCUCACUCUGAGAGCAUACCUGGAUGUCCAGGCAAGACUGGGCGAAGUUUCUGAGUGGCCCUUUGUUUAGGUGAUGUCUUCAGACCUGGACACCUCCAGCCUCACUCCCCACCCCUACCCCCACUGGAGAUGGCUCACUUCGGACUGAGGGUUGAUUCAAUCUCAUCAUCUCAUGAAUCUGCUGUACUAUAUAAGACAACAGCUUUUAAAAAUGUGUAUAUAAUCCAUGAUUUUUGUGGGGUUUUUUGUUUUUUUUUUCUUGAUGGCUCCCUUUGUCCCUUCCUCACCCCCAUACCCUUCCUUUUAAAUAUCUUUGAAUCACAUUUGGUAGUGUUUUUGACAUAGUCUAGUAGCCUCGUCGCUUUAAUAUGUAGUUUAAAAGCUAACCAUAGUAUAACUGUUAUAUUAAGGAUUUUAAUUUCUUUUAAAAAAAAGUUUUUUUGAUUGUGAUUUUGGUUCUGUUCCUGCUUGAAGGAUGUUGAGAUGGUAAUAUGACUCUCAACCUUUUGGUGCCCAUUCUGAAACUAUAAAACUUUUCAGGUGGAAUUUUAGAACACACUGAAAUUCGAAGUCGAGAAGCGCCGGAGCGGGAGUUGGGCAUAAAACUUUCUCAUUUGUGUUUGUAGAAGUGAGAUCAUAGCUUAACAAACAGGCUCUUUAGUGAUUCAUUUUUGUGACGUCUCUUUGUUAACCUAAGUAUAUCUAUUUUCGGCAAUAAGGUAAGGACGACAACAUUUUGGGCGUCCUUCUUUUCUAAAGUGCUUUUUUCUGUUGAAAGAGGUGAUAUUAUAAGAUUUUUUGAAAUUGUGAAUUCUGGAGAAAAAAAUAAUAAGUGCUGUAAAUACAAUUCCAUUAACUACAUAGAAACUAUUAAGAAAGAGAAAAUGAAAAAAAAAAAAAAAGAAUAUUUUUGUGAGGGACUUAGUCCCAGGCAGUUUGAUGAUCCAUGGAAAGAAACAAAAAGGAAAA